AUGCAGGCGCCCGACGGCGGCCCAAAAGGCGAUCGAAUAUGGUGUGAUGGCUGCUAUGAUAUGGUACACUUCGGUCACGCUAAUCAAUUACGUCAAGCAAAACAAUUUGGCAAGAAACUCAUUGUCGGCGUGCACAACGAUGAAGAGAUCACGAUGCAUAAAGGCCCACCAGUGUUCAACGAGCAAGAACGCUACAGAAUGGUUGAAGGUAUCAAGUGGGUUGAUGAGGUCAGUCAAUUGAAGCCAUUAAUGAGCGCCAACAUCACCUGA